AUGCGUGCCGCAUUCUCAGCCAUCACACGGCCCACGCCGAUCUCGCAGAUUGUGUCGACCUAUUCGUUCAACGAGCGCCUGUUCUAUGCGUCGCUGGACGAGAUCAAGAACGAGCCGCGCUUCGCGGGCGUCAUUGACAGGGGCACGUACGUGCCGCACAUCUACUCGUACACCCGCAAGAAGUGGAUCGAGUCCUUCCUCUCCCAGAACGGCUUCAUCGAGUACAACAAGCUGUCGAAGAUCAACAUUCCGGAGCCCAGAAAGUAUCUGCUGGUCAACUUCCCCGAGGGCCUCCCGCUGGAGACCUGCUUCGUCGCCAGCUCGGUCAUCCAGCAGGUCGACGCCUCGGUCUCCGACGCCCUCGCCAACAACGCCUGGCUCGACCCGCUCGUCGAGUUCCAGCUGUCGGCCAAGGACGCUAUGGUCCUGCUCAAGUCCUGCCCGUCGUUCAUCGCCGCCUCGCAGGAGAAGAAGGAGAGCCCGGUCAUUCUCGACGACCACUACCUGGUGAGCCGCGGGCUGCUCGAGCGCUGCGUGGCCUCGCUCAAGGACAAGGUCACCACCGAGACGCCCAAGAAGGCGCCCCUCAUCAUCCAAGCGCUAGGGAAGCACAUCCCCGCGUCUAAGCCCGCAGCCGCCGACGAAGAAGGAGGCAAGGGCGGCAAGGGCGGCAAAGCCGCCGCCAGCGGCGGCGGAGGCAAGGGAGGGAGGGGCGGCAACCAGAAGGGCAAACGACGGGGCAAGGGCCGCGACGACGACGAAGACGAGGAGGAAGAGGAGGAGAAGGUGGUGGAGCGGCCGUCCGCGCGCGGCAGGAAUGCGGCAGCGGCGGCGGCUUCGGCCAAGUCGCGGGCGGCGGGCGGCGUGCAGCAGGAGGUCCUGACCGAGGCCGAGGUGCGCGCGUGCCUCAAGCAGUGGUACGAGGAGGCCGAGGCCGACUUCCUGGACGUCAUCUACCAGCAGAUUCGCCCCAUCGUGCGCGAACUCAACAAAGCGGCGGUGGAAAGCAUCCAGCAGAACGCGUCGUCGGGCAAGAAGAAGGACCACAAGGCGCUCGAGCAGCAGUUCAGCGUGCUCUACCAGAACAUCCAGCUCUUCCUCCGCUCGGCCGAGGAGGUCACCGAUUCGGCCGUCAGCGAAGCCCUGCGGCGACACCUGCUCGCCACAUUGUGCACGGAGGCUACCAACCUGCUGGUGUACAUGAUGGCCCUGCAUCACGGCGUGUCGAUGGAGGCCGAAAAGAUCACGACAGCCAACGAGCGCAAGGAGGUGAUCGCGCAGCUGCCUCUCACCGCCGCCACCCCGCUUGCAGCUCUAGGCGACUCCCUCCGCGGAUCCGGCGUUGAGGAGUUCCUGAAGCAGCUGGAGAGCCUGUCGGAGGAGGCCCAGUUGCAUCUGAAGCCGUUGGACAAGAAGAAGCAGCGGCUGCUCACCCACACCCACAAGCUGGACUUCCUGGAGCAGCUCAAGGAGGUCACCGAGCCACCGCUCGCGUUCCACCUCGCCGCCGUCGUCCUCUACGCGCAGGUCUUCAACCUCGCCCUCCACAUCCCCGGCCGCAGCGUCCCCGCUCUGUUGGCGCAGAUGGCGGACCACCUGCCGGCCGAUCUCGUGGAGGAGCUCACCCAGCUGUCCGAGCUGCUGAAGAAGGGCGAACCCAUCGAGGCCGAACGCGUGGAGGGGCUCAAGGCCAAGGUGGUCGAGUUCGCCUCGGUCAAGAAGGAGCGCGAGAAGUGA